UCUCUCUCUCUCUCUCAAAUUUCUUUCUUCAAAGAAAUCGUUAUAAUUAAGUAAAUAAUCAAACCUCAUGAACCCCUUCAUCUCCCUCCUCUUCUUCCUCCUCCUCAUUCAAGCCUCUUCAACCUCUGCUCAACCCGAUAUCGUCGUUGACACGUGCAAAAAAUGCGCGGAGAGCAGCCCCAACGUAAACUACACCCUAUGCAUCGACUCCUUCAACUCAAUCCCCGAAUCCCACAACUCCACCCUCCAAGACUUAUCAAUCAUAGCAACAAACAUAACCGAGGCCAAUGCAACAAGUAUCGUAUCCGAACUCGAGACGAUUCUUAGAGACACGCCUUCAACUGACUCAGCCUACAUGAGGUCCUGCCUUGAGACUUGUCUCGAGUUGUACUCUGACUCGGUCUCGAGCCUGGAUGACUCGGUUGAGGCGAUUCGGGCGAAGAGGUAUGGUGAUGCUGAUAUAAUGUUGAGCUCGGUGGUCGACGCUCCGAGGACUUGUGAGGAUGGGUUUAGUGAUGGGGAGAUUGAGUCGCCGUUGAAGGUGGAGAAUGAUGAGUUUUUUGGGCACUCUGUUAUUGCUCUUGGUAUAGUUGCAAUGUUACAAAAGACUUGAUGGGUGAUAUGUCCGAUAAUAGUCAGUAUGCGAGCAGGAUGGUCUGAGCUAUCCACACGGAAAGAUAGGCGACAGUUUAGAGAUUUCAAUUGUCUUUUUUUUAUAGUUUAGAAUAUUAUGUUCGUACAUGGGUUAUUUAGAUAAUACGUGGUUGAGAUGUUCAUAUUUGUGUAUUUAUGUUUUGAUUUGGUGGAGAGAUAAAAUGGAUAUGAAAUGAAUGAGAAUGGGUGAUUGUGUA